AUGACAUCGAGGUUUCCGACAAGUUCGGAGAUACUCUCUUGGCCGGAGCCGAAUUUUGUCGAUCCUGAGACAAAACAGCCUCUGGCCAUGGGAAUCAAUGUUGUCAUGUCAUUCGUCAUUGUGUCUUUCAUCUGCUGCAGAUUCUACAGUCGGACGCGGUUAGUGAAAGCGCUUUGGUGGGAUGAUUGGAUAAUGCUGCUGGCGGCUCUCUGUCAAAUCGGAAAUAAUGUCAUGAUUAUCAUCUCCAUGGACAAAAAAUACAAAAUGGGGUAUCACAUGUGGGAUAUCGAACUUAAAAUGCUGAUGGGUGUCAUGAAAUCGGCCCAGAUGGGCAUGGCAUCGCAGCUUAUGAUCAACGUUGUUGCAGCCUUGACGAAAGUCUCCAUUCUGUUUACUUAUUUGAGACUCUUCCCCACCAAACUAAGCAAAUGGUUUUGCUGGUUUAUGCUAGCUUACACGAUAACUCUCAGCUUUGCAUGCUUUUGGCUCGUCUUAUUCCAAUGCUCGCCAGCAGCAACAUAUUGGCAGAUCUUCAAGUACUACAAGACGGCCAAAUGCCUCAACGUAAAGGCUAUUUACUACUUCUACACUGGACAAAACACACUCAGCGACUUUCUAAUCUUCCUGUGGCCCGCCAAAGAACUGAGCAACGUCAAAAUAUCUUUUCGGCAGCGCUUCACUCUAAUCACCAUGUUCUCUUUCGGUGUCAUUAUCUGCAUAGUAGGACUAGCCCGAGUCUACUACACCCAUCUCUACCUCACAGAUUUCGACACCUUUUGUAAGCCCUGCCCCAUCCCCAUCCGCAUUCCCCUUCUCUUCCCACUCCACGAUCCCAUGCACUAACCUAC